AUCAAGAGAAAGUUCAUGGACAUGCUGAAAAUACGCGCAGAAAAGUUUGGAGAGCUCCAGCCGAUGCCGGCACCGCUGCAGUCGCCGCUGGAGCGGCACGCGCACGUCAAGCGCGAGCCGCACGAGGAGGGCGCCGGCGGGCCCGACGAGCCGGCCGAGGAGCGGCUAGAGUGUGAGGUGGAGCUGCUGUGCGAGCCGCCAGCCAGCCACGACGCCUCGCCCGCCGAUGAGAGCGACCUCGUCUGCCCGGCCUGCAGCAAGCGCUUCCGCAACAAGUACAACCUGAAGCGGCACAGCACCGUGCACGCCGGCGUCAAGCCGUUCAGCUGCGAGUUCUGCACGCGCGCCUUCCGGCUCAAGGACCAUCUGAAGACGCACAUGCGGUCGGGCCCGCAGACGGCGCCGCUGGCGUGCGCGCCGUGCGGCCUGACAUUCCCCUGCUUCACGCUGUUCUCGGAGCACCGCCAGCAGUACCACAGCGACGGCGGCGACAACCCGUGUCGCCACUGCGAGCUGGUGUUUACCACGGCCACCGAGCUGCGGCGCCACUGUCGCCAGCUGCACCCGCACCCGGUGAAGCAGGAGUUCCGCUGCUCGGUGUGCGGCCGCGACUUCCCCAACGGCUUCAACCUGCGGCGCCACCUGCUCGUCCACUCGGGCGAGCGGCCGUUCGGAUGCGACCUGUGCGGCAAGCGCUUCACGCAGCCGUCCAUUCUCAAGAAGCACAGCCGCGUGCACGAGAAGAAGCCGCCCGAGCUGAAGGAGCUGCUCACCUCCAUGUAGGAGGUGAGGCCGGGCCUGCGGGCGACCGGCGGCGCCUGCCGCGAUACUCGUCGGCCAGGCGUCUGGAGCCGCGCCGGGACGGGCUCAACGUCGCGGUCGUUAGUCCUCUUGUUGGUUUUCCACCACCUUGUACUCACCUGCGCUGUCAUACUGUGUCUGGUAGCUGACUGUUUUUUACAUGCUUUUUGCCGAGGAAGGCUUCAACAAGCACAACCCCGGCAUAGUACAUGCAAUUCCUUCGGAAGACACUUAGUCGACUUGAUGUCCGGAGGCUGUUGUUUGUGCGUUUUGUGAGUAGCUGGCAUUGAACAGCAUUAGUGGCACGGUUCUGAAACCUGCGCAGAUGAAAGGCAGAGAUUGUAGAUUAAGGGGACAUUCACUUGCCCCGAGUUUCGGAAGUGCGUGGUGCUUGGACUGACUCUGAAUUAAGCGGAGCUUGUUCUGAUCCGAUUCCCGCAGUCCCAACGCCGCUUAAAAAACUUCUCAUUCCAAAUAGUGUCGCCUGAUCGCGAGCUUCCCUCAUGGCGGUAUGGUGGGCGUAAUGUCGACACCAGCGGCACACCCGUCUUCCAGAGUUUGGUUGUGUCAGGCAUGCGCAGCAUGAGCAUUCACGGAUAUCAGACCUCAGAGCUAAACUGGUGAUCCUGCACCUACUCGUGCUUUUGUUACGAAGUUUUGUUUCCAAUUGCACAUCCUGAAACUUCUCGCCAGUAGUAGUGACAUGGUUCAAAGAAGGCACCUAAGUACCUUGUCGAACGCGAUUUUCAUAUGGUCGUGAUUAAGAUGGUUUGAUGGUGCUUCUGUCAUUCAGAACUUAAGUCGGUGUGACGUGUACGCACUCAGUUCAAUAAGCGCCUGCGUAUAUUCAUCUCUG